GCGGCGGCCGGGCGCUCCGUACGCGCCGCCCGCGGGACUGCAGAGCCGGCUCCCGGCUGGCCGCCCGCACCCCGCAGCCGCCGCCGCCCGGUGCUGCCGGCGCUGGUCCCAGCCCAGGAACAUGGAGGCUCCGGGUGCCCAUCCGCAAGGGCACCCUCGCACCUCUUCAGGACGCCAGGACACAGACUUCUGCUGAACUGUGCACCUUGCCACCUUCCUUCCCAAGGCUCCAGACUCAAGUCCAGCUGUUUGUCAUCCCCGAUGCCCCUGACCGGGCAGCCCACUGCCCUGCAACUGAGCCCAGCCACAGAGCUCACCUCCAGGACCUGGAGCCUGCCCUCCUGCCCGGAAUGACUCACCACUAUUUCUAGUGAGAAGAUGGGGAGUUGGGCGGCUUGUUUGUGUGUAUAGGAUUCCUGCACCAUCUGACCGGCUCCGCAAGGGACAGAGAGCCCCAGGUUCCUGCCUGGCCAGCCCAGCAAGGCUGUCUCCAGCUCACAGAGCGCUCCGGGGGGGCUCCGGGUCCAUGCUUCUGCAUCUUCCAGGGCCGUUGGCAGAGCCCUGAGCUCUCUGCCACCUGGCAGGUGGAAGGCACAGCCUGAGGCGCUCCUCCCAGUCCCAAUUAUGACAGUGGCCACCGGCGACCCCGCAGAUGAGGCUGCUGCCCUCCCUGGGCACCCGCAGGACACGUAUGACCCCGAGGCUGACCACGAGUGCUGUGAGAGGGUGGUGAUCAACAUUUCAGGGCUGCGGUUUGAAACCCAGCUAAAGACCUUAGCCCAGUUCCCAGAGACCCUCCUAGGGGACCCCAAGAAGCGGAUGAGGUACUUUGACCCCCUCCGAAAUGAAUACUUUUUCGACCGGAACCGCCCCAGCUUUGAUGCCAUCCUUUACUAUUACCAGUCCGGGGGCCGGUUGAGGCGCCCCGUGAACGUGCCCUUAGAUAUCUUCUCAGAAGAAAUUCGGUUCUAUGAGCUGGGGGAGGAAGCUAUGGAGAUGUUUCGGGAGGACGAAGGCUACAUCAAGGAAGAGGAACGUCCCCUGCCCGAAAAUGAGUUCCAGAGACAGGUGUGGCUGCUCUUUGAGUACCCAGAGAGCUCCGGGCCAGCCAGGAUUAUAGCCAUCGUGUCGGUCAUGGUGAUCCUCAUCUCCAUCGUGAGCUUCUGCCUGGAGACACUGCCCAUCUUCCGGGACGAGAAUGAAGACAUGCAUGGCAGCGGCGUGACCUUCCACACCUACUCCAACAGCACGGUCGGUUAUCAGCAGUCCACCUCCUUCACCGACCCCUUCUUCAUCGUGGAGACGCUCUGCAUCAUCUGGUUCUCCUUCGAGUUCCUGGUGCGGUUCUUUGCCUGCCCCAGCAAAGCCGGCUUCUUCACCAACAUUAUGAACAUCAUUGACAUUGUGGCCAUCAUCCCCUACUUCAUCACCCUGGGCACAGAGCUGGCUGAGAAGCCCGAGGACGCCCAGCAGGGCCAGCAGGCCAUGUCGCUGGCCAUCCUCCGUGUCAUCCGCUUGGUAAGAGUCUUUAGGAUUUUCAAAUUGUCUAGGCACUCCAAGGGGCUCCAGAUUCUAGGGCAGACCCUCAAAGCAAGCAUGAGAGAGUUGGGCCUGUUGAUCUUCUUCCUCUUCAUCGGGGUCAUCCUUUUCUCUAGUGCUGUCUAUUUUGCAGAAGCUGAUGAGCGAGAUUCCCAGUUCCCCAGCAUCCCGGAUGCCUUUUGGUGGGCAGUCGUCUCCAUGACAACCGUAGGCUAUGGAGACAUGGUUCCAACCACCAUCGGGGGGAAGAUAGUGGGUUCCCUGUGUGCAAUCGCAGGUGUGUUAACCAUUGCCUUACCGGUCCCAGUCAUAGUGUCCAAUUUCAACUACUUCUACCACCGGGAGACAGAGGGAGAGGAGCAGGCCCAGUACUUGCAAGUGACCAGCUGUCCAAAGAUCCCAUCCUCCCCUGACCUAAAGAAAAGUAGAAGUGCCUCUACCAUUAGUAAGUCUGAUUACAUGGAGAUCCAGGAAGGCGUCAACAACAGUAACGAGGACUUUAGAGAGGAAAACUUGAAAACAGCCAAUUGCACCUUGGCUAACACAAACUAUGUGAAUAUUACCAAAAUGUUAACUGAUGUCUGAUUGAAAACCUCUUAACAUACUCAACGCAGCUCAAUGGAACUAAUGCAGAUGUUGCAUAAUAGCCUGCAUUGUAGUCAGCGUGUUCUACAGUGUGUAUCUGGUUCUGCAUGGGAAGCAAUAGUCGUGCAAGUGACUUUCGAUCUUUUGAUUUUUGAUUUAGAACACAGAAUAUCUAUCAUGGCUUUCAUGCAAAUCUUCAUCACCUGCUGUUGGGUUUCCAAAGAUGGGAAUCACCUACGGAGCUAGGAUUUUAGAAAGACACAGUCAGGCCACCUCAUAGCCAACACUCAACCUACCAUCUCAGUGCCACACUCUCUCCCUAACCAGAUGCCCAUGACAGCCAGAAGAUACUCCCCACCCUUAACCCCAAGCCCACCUCCUACAUGAGUCUCCCUCCCUGCCUCUCACGGAGGAACACCAUCAUGGCUUAGCUCUAAUGCACUGGUACUUAUUCAGAAGGUCACUCUUUUCUUCUUUUUGCACUGAAAAGAACACACAGUUCUGUGUGUUGGAAUUACUUUCUGUGUCACAGGCUGGGGUUUGCGAAUUGCAGUUGCCAAGUUAGAUGCUCAGGAGGUUUGUGUUUCGUAACGGAAAAUGCUGCAUUCUGCUUUUUCUCUGCAGUGGCGGUGUGAGGGAAACCCGAGGGGUUGGGGGGAGGAGGAAAGACAGUGAGUAUGACCGAAUGUGAGUUGUUUGUUAAGUUUCACAUUUGUCCCCAUAGACCUACAGGGAGAUGCUGACAAACUAAGGGACCUCUCAGCUUCAGAUGUCAUCAUUUUUGCAGGCUUCAGGGUCAUGAGACUAUGUCCGAUUUCUUCCUUUACAUUGGGGUUUGCAGAAACCUGCUUUGCUAGUGAUGUGGCUCAGCUACACUGACACUGCAGUGACACUUACCAGUGAUAACAAUAGAGCUGCAUGGGUGUUCGUUGCAUGAAUCUCAAUAUUUAAAACACAGGAGAUAAGCUGUUUUCUUAGUAGCCUACACAGUAUUCAUACUUAGACUAUUAAUAGCCGUGAGAUGGCACUGAACCGGGGGUGGGGAGGGGUUCCCAUCGGAAGGCAGAAGCCCUCUAUCACGAGACGAAAUAGAUGAAAUGGGGAACCAAAACUUCCGGUCAUCCAGCCCUCGCAUUUCUGUUCUUCCAUAUGGAAGUGCAGACCUCUGCUAAGCCGGGAGAGUGAGCAUGGAUAACAGCACCUCAACAUUCACAUGGUUGCACCUUGGGAACUGACCUAGUCAUGGAUGUGGCUGCACAGCUGACCAGGGUAUCCACUGGUCCUGAGGACAGACAGGCGGGUCUACGGAUCAGUGUAUAUAAAUAGAUAUCAAGUAUCUCUCUCCCGCAUCCCUCUACCUAACUAGUUAUAGAAAAAUUGCAUUUGAACGUUGUAUAAGCUUAUGCAAUAUUUUUGACACAGGGCAAUUUAUGCAUGUGUUUGACUAUGUGCACUAGAGUAUAUAUAUACAUACGUGUAUAUAUAUAUGUUCAUAGACAUAUAUACAUAUACACUAUAUAUAUACACCUGUGUAUAUAUUCAUUCUCUGGAGUUCAGGUUCAGGAACAAAUCCACUGCUUGGUGGGUUGGUUGUCUCAGAGGCCUGUUGAGUUAAUUUGUCUCCUUGUUGACCCUGCUGGGCCUGGGUUUGCUACCAUGGCCUCAGACACUCCAGUCUCCGUGGAUUUCUAGACGUUCAAAUUGUCUCUCUGCCCUCCAUGUGCUGCAGCUUCAGUUUCCCAUGGCUGAAGCUUGUCUUACUGAGUGCACAAGGGCCCCGCGGCCCUCACAGCUCCAGCUGUCCUGGGCCAAACCCACCCCAGGCCUCUCCUCUACCACGCAUCCUGCCCUUCAUCUCCAUUCUCAUCUUUUCCCCACCCAUUUGGUGUAUCUAUCACUUCCAUGACUGUUGCCCUAAUGGACCCUGCUAUGAAACCAAGGACACCAAGGAGUAGGAUUCCCUGGGACCACAUUCCACUGAUUACACUUAAAAAGAGAUCCUCCCCUAUGUGGAAAUCUCCAAAGUCGGGGACCAACAGAUGGAGUCCCUACAUGAUCCCAAGGCACCAUUUUGAUCACCAGACUCAAGCUCUGUCCCCCCAUGAAGCUGGCUGCCAAAGCUGCUUUUCACAAAGAACCAAAGGAUGGCUAAACACUUGUCCGCUGCUCCCAAGAACAGGUGGAGGGCAAAUGGGGACUGCUCAGCCUGAAGGCAGAGAACAGGUUGGCAGCCCUUGGCGAUGAUGAAAGGGGUAGGAGGGAGGACUGUGGCCUCACCAGACUGGGCUUCUUUGCUUUUUCCCAACAAAGUGAGUGAAUCAUGGUGGCUGGGCUCUACUCCAGGCCUGAAGCUACAAUCACAGGUGUCUCGGGGGGGUGGGGCACCAGCUACGGGUGCUAGGCCCAGGGUGCUCACUAGUUCCUGGUCAGCCACAUCCCCAGGUGUAUGCAGGGCAACUCAUGCCCAGCACAAAGCCCCUGUGUUUCUCUUCCUCUCCUUCAUGGGAGGUGGUGCUGAAUUUCUAAGACACGGGGUGAGAGAAACAAAGGCUUUCAGGAAAUGAAAGG